CCGCGUUUAGGAUUCUGACUAGAAACCGAAAUGCUUAGCAACCGAGCGCGUCUGUGCAACAGGAGAGACAGAGGCAGCCCGAGAGGGGAGAGAGAGAGGGGAACUACAGGCAGAGAUUAUUGUUACAGUAUUGAAAGAGAAUGGUUGGCUCUUCGCCAGACCUGGGAGCUCUUUGUCUGGAGUCUCAUGGAAUGCCACUUACUCCAAGACCUCAAUCAACACCAGGGAGGAGCUCAUCACGUAACUUCAGUCGAGGUUCACUGCAAUCGUCUUCAGGAACAUUGUUCUCUGAGUCAGAUCUAAGAUAUUCUAUUACGAAAAUUGAACAUAUUCUUGCUGAGAGAGCAAAAGAGAGAGAGUCAGACUUGAGGCGAGCUUUCUAUGCUUAUGAUGUACUUCGAAACCUAACGGUGACCAAAGACGAAUUCCGAAAAGUGAUUGAAAAGUUUCUGCUGCCUCUUAAUCCAAAACAGUUCCAGGACCUACUUGCAAGGCUUCCCAUCAACAGUGAUGAAACAGUUCCUUACAAUGUAUUUCUGGACCAAUUCUGUACAUCUGAUGGAUCUCAAGUGAGAAGUGCAGUUAGCAGGAACAGUUCUGUUAUGUCCAAGUGUGAUAUGACAGUAAAAGAGAUUGAGAAUCAUCUCAGAGAAAAGAUUUCAAAUAACUUAAAAAACGUCAUCAGAGCCUUUAAGUUGUUUGAUUACAACAAGGAUGAGCACAUUCGGUGCUAUGAAGUUCGCCGUGUUCUUGAGAGCUACUGCUUUCGAAUGACAGAUUCUCAAUUUGAAAGGUUUUGUUCUCGUCAUCGACUUUCUAGAACUGGAGCAGUGAAUUACAAGGAAUUUCUACAAAAACUGGGCAUUUGUAUUGAACCUUACAGAAAGCAGGUUUCAGAAAGUGUGGCACAAGCACUGAACUGGGAAGCUUCUCCUCAAGAGCAAGAGAAACAACCAGGUUAUCAUCGAACAGUGACGGAAGAGUCUGCCAUAAACUUAGAAAGGUUAUCCAUGGAAGAAAUUGAUUUGGCUUUACGAAAAAAGGUGCGAGCCAACUAUCAGGGUUUGUUGAAGGUGUUUGCGGCUUUUGAUGAGACCAAAAGUGGUUUAAUUUCAGUGGAAGACCUCAAAGCAAUUUUCGACAAUUUUGUGUUUCCUCUGAGCAAUGAAAUCUUUGAUGGCCUGAUGGAUAGAUUCAAUAUUAAACCUACUGGCAAAAUUGCAUGGAAACCAUUUUUACUCAGUUUGACAGAAUCGGCAGCAAUGGAGAAUAGAUGGGCCAUCCCAAUGCAGCAAAGUGACAAAUCUUUGCAGGAUGAAACCAUACCUGAUACUACAGAUGCUCCAAAGUCAGCUCCUUGUAGAUCAGAAUAUCAUGAAAUGAAGUUUCAUGUGGAUCCUGUUAGAAAGAUAAUUGAGAAGAGCAAGACUAGAGACAUUCUACAGAAACUACACAAAUUCUUACAGGAGAGAUACCCUGCACUAAAGAAGAAUCACAAAGAUAUAAUCACAAGACAAGAGUUGCGUCGAAUUCUGCAGAGUGUUCCACUACGACUAACUGAUAAACAGGUUAAGGAUCUUAUGCUCUUGCUGGACCCAGAGCACAGUGGGAUUGUUCACUAUAAUCAGAUCCUGGAUUUAGCUGAAACUGAUGAAGAAAAGAUGAAUCAAAGUUAUUUGAAUGGAGCUACAACUGUUAAAAAAGGUAUUCCUGAGGAAGCAGUGUGGAUGACUGUGGAAGAUCUUCUCCGGAACAAAAUUAAUCAAAAUUGGAAAGACAUGCAAAAGGCUUUAAUGAAGAGUGAUCCUGAAAGGACUGGCACAAUAUCACUUGCUGAAUUGCGAAAGAUCCUAGAAACCUACUGUUUCUCCAUUUCUGAUCAACAUUUUGAGAAAUUAUGCCAGCAACAACAGAACAACAACAUACAUGUUUCAUACCAACAGUUUCUGGAAAGUCUUGGGAUGACUGACAUUCCUAAAAUCAUUGGUGCUGAUGUACUUCAACAACAAGACAGAAAAAGGUUAGCAAAGCAAGGAAAUGAAAACCUCAUACGAGGCAACAUGAUGACUGUGAAUGAGGUGAAAUCAGAGUUGUGGCAACGUAUUAUGAACUGUGACAGUGUCAUUAGGAAAAGUUUCCUGACCCACAAGAAGCAAUCCAAUGGAAAAAUCAACAAGGAAGGAUUCAAGAAGGUGUUGAGUGAUUGUGAAAUAAUCAUGGAUGAUCACCAGUUUGACGUCCUGGCUGAUGUACUGGGGUUCAAGAAUCAAGACUUCAAUUUCUCUGACUUUUCAAAAUGUUUUAAAGAUGCUGCCAGACCUGCUGAGCUGAAGGAAAUAAUUCUAAAACCAAAGAACCAGAUCCAUCCAAGUAACCAGUGGACUGCAAGGUUUACAGAUGACAGAAUGGUAAAGCAGUGCUACGGUGGUGCAGGUGAUUCCAAUAUGAAACGCAUGAUUGCAGAUGACUGUUUUAAUUACAUCGCAGAUAAGCUGAAAAGUACAGUUUUGGAUUUGCAUUCUGUAUUUGAUCGAUUGGACCGUAAUCAUGAUGGACUAAUUACAAUGUACGACUUUCGUACUCUGUUUGACAACUGCUUGCUUUCAACCACAGAGUACCAUCGCUUUUUAGGGAUGGUGGGACUGAUACCUGAGUCAAAAUUAUCCUAUCUCGAUUUCCUUCAAAUAUUAAAAACGAUCGAGUCCAUACAGAGCCAUCACUGGAAUACCUCUGUUCACAACUGCAGCUCAAUAUAUGACAAAGAUUGUACGUUGCUGGCCUGUGAGCAAGUCCAUGACUUCUUAGCUGCUAAAGCCAAAACAGGAUGGUUUGAACUGUCUAAGGCUUUUAAACGCGUUGACUCAGAUGGUAACCUUGUUGUAGAAAAGAAAGAUAUGAGGGACAUUUUGUACCAGCUAUGUUUGCCAAUCUCAACAGAACAAUUUGAAAAACUUUGGUAUUGGUAUGAUUCAGAUAAGAGAGGUUUUAUCACUCACCUCGAGUUUCUGAAGAAGCUUAGGAAUAGGUUUUCAAGACAGAUCCAGACAGACAGCAAACAAAUUGUUCCAGAGAGCCGAGGCAGCUUAAUAGAUCAUUCCAAAAAGCAGCAACAAUUCCAAACAGAUGGAACCCAACAACAGAAACCUCAGACAGGAAAUCUUAAUAUCGCCGAGCUGAAAAAACAGCUUAAAGCUAAAUUCAGGAACCAUCACAAAGGCUUUCAUGAAGCCUUUGACAAAUUAGAUAAAAGGAAUGAUGGCUGUGUGUCAAUAAAUGAUUUUCAAAGGGUUCUGAAGGACCAUAACUACCACCUGGGUGAAGAACAGCUUAAACAGCUCUUAGUCAGUUUGGAAAUCCCGAUGCACAAUUGCAAAUUUUCUUAUUCUGAUUUCUUGAGAGCCAUUGAAGAUAUUGAAAAUAAGUCAUUGAAGUGUGGCCCAAAACUUACAUUUAUUCCACGUGAAGAUUUUCAAAUACAAUCUCCAGAGAAAAUGCUAACUAAAUUGAAAGGAGAAGUUGCCAAAUCUUCAAACGCAUUGUUUAAGGCCUUCAAAUCAUUUGACAAAUAUGGAAAUGGGAAGAUCAAUUCAUUAGCAUUCCGCCAGGUGCUUCAUAAUGUAUGCUUCAGACUGACAGACAAGGAGUUCAAUUACCUUCUCAGCAAAUUGAAAUUAGAUUCAGACUACAUGGUAGACUGGCUUGACUUCCUACAGAGCUACAAUAUUUACAAUUAUAAGGCUGCAGAGAAACCAGAAGGACAAGAUCAAGCCAGCAGACCGAAAUCAUCUCAACAGUUAACAAUGAAUGAAAUUAUGUCCCACAUCCGAGAGGUCGUUAAUUCAUGCCUCUACAUCAUUACACAAGAGUUUGAAGAAGUUGAUUAUGCGAAUAUAAAAGUUGUUUCUAAGAAGCACUUUAAGGAAAUAUUUUUUAAACAUUUCAUGAGCCUCACAGAUGAACAGUUUGAAAAUCUCUGGAACCAUUUGCCAGUCAAUGAUUUUGGGAAUCUGGAUUAUCAUAAAUUUCUGAAUCAGUUCACUGGACAGCAGUCAGUGGAAUCGCAACCAAAGGGAAAUACAUCACCGCAUAAACCAUCAACACCUGGAUCUGGGAGUCGGCCUGCUUCUGAACCUAGGCGCCCCAAAACUUCAUUUUCUAUCCACAGUGAUAGCAAGGAGUUGGCUCAACAAUGGGCCUCUGUGACACCUUCAAUGAACUGCGAGGAGAUUGAACAGAAGCUGAAGAAAGAUGUUACCAAAAUCUGGAAGGCAAUCGAGAAGGAAUGCAAAGAGAAGGACGCUGAAAAACGGGGUGAAAUUGAUACCAAAGAUUUUAAGGCUAUCAUGAAGAAGUUUUGCUUAAUAGUUAAACCAGAAGAAUUCCAACAGCUGGCAAAAAAAUAUGAUAUCAAGAACACUGGGCGUUUUGCGUACAAUAAAUUUCUUCGGCGUGUUGUUCUCUCACUGGGGCCGUUAGACGUUAAUCCGCCGGAGAGGAUGAGAAUCCCACAUCCAAAGAUUCCAAUGAGUCCAGGAACUGAACAUGAGAUAUUUACUGACUUAAUGAUGCGGAUCCAGCCAUGUAUAACAAAAUGUUGGAAGCUAAUGCGCCGUACUUUCAAAGCCUAUGAUGAUACUGGGAGUGGGUACAUCUCACUUUUUCAAUUUCGACAGGUUCUGCGGCAGUAUGGUAUCAACAUAACUGAGGAGGAGUUUUACUACUUGUCGUCUUAUUAUGACAAGCAUCUAAAAGGAACAAUCUCAUACAAUGAAUUUCUGCGAGCGUUCCUCUGAUAAUGUCUAGUUCUGUUUUUUUCCCCUCUACGCAUUAAAAAUAUUUGCAGUGAUAUUGUAACAGCUAUCGGAGAUAAAGCAGUCUCCUAGAUGGUCAGCAUUAUCGCUGAUUUUGUCCAACUAGUAGCAUACUGGUUUUGACUUUCUUCACUUUCAAUAUUUAAGAAUUCUAUUUCUAAGAACAAUUUAUAAAAAAUGAACCUUGUGUUAUUGGCUAAGGAAUAUUAGAAAGGUCAUACAUGACUAGCUAAAUGAAUAUUAUUAAAUAUAACAAUCAAACUGAAACUUAUGCACUGCUAAGAAUAUUUCUUGGAGAUUAACUGGUAACAUAUUCAAAAUGGUAUCAUUACCACUAAAGUAAUCUGUCAUCUAUUGUGUUAAA